AUGUCCCUGCGCAGUUCACGAGAAAAUUCGACGAAAACGGAAGAUAAAGAUCAACCUGUCUGCUCAAUCGAUGAUUCCCUGCAAAGCACGUUCAAUCAACAUACUCCUAUGCAGGCUUUCAACCACCGGAGCAACAAAGAGGGCCCGUUAUCAUGUGGAUUGGAAGACUCCUUUCAUGCGAGUCUAUCAUCGAUAAUGGACGACGGCGAGCUUUCAUCCCAGCCGUGGAGCCCCAACCUUUCUCCAUUUCAAGCGUCAGAAGCACUCGGCGCCGAGGUCUCGCAAUCCUUUGACAGUGUAGGCAGACUCUCCACAAUCGAUGAAUUUGGUUUCGACUCGGGGCUUCUAUUUGGGGCACGAAAGGAAAUUGGUUCACGACCGCCGUCGACAGUCCGCCAACGUCCAGCAUACAAGUACGACGACCCGUCUUCAACGGAUCUCGCAAACCACAGAGCGGACGAUUAUGCUGGUUCGAUUCGAAAACAGGACAUUCCUUUUGAGCUGACAUACUCACCUCAACGCCGCAGCUGCACAAUGGCAUAUCAAGAGUCCUGGCACCAACGCUUUCCAACUUAUGGCAUCCAAGCGCCCGAGGAACGUGCCCCAAUUUCACCUUCGGCAACCCAACCGGCGUUUCAGCGAGAUUACAUAACUCCUAUUGUCAGCAUGCGUCGUAACUCUGAGCAGAAUGUUGGCACAAACGCUCAAUAUAGGUCGAAUGUGGUUUCGCCAACACAGCAAUCAACGAUGUCAGCUCCAUGUACUGACUCUUGCUCACGCUGUCUUGAGCAUUCAACGCCUUCACCGCUGGCUCCGCCCUCUAGCCACCCUGGCCCCAUGCACAUAUUACGCUCUCAAUCGGAGGGUUCAAUUUUGCAUACAUGGCCCCCCCAACCGCUUGAUACUUCCGUAUACCAGUUCCCUCCUCCGAACCACCAAUCUCCGGACACUCAAGGGUGGUGGAAUACCUCUACUUUGCCGAAUCGGAACCUGCAGUCAUACCCUCAUGGCGGUUACCCUCCAAUGGCGAUAGCACCAAUGGGCCAGCCACCGCAAGAUUGCAUCAGCAACACUACCGGUACGGGGCAGGAAAAUAGGUUGAAUCUGCACGUCAAUCCACCCUCUGAGCUCCCUCAUGCUACGGUACCGGUUCUUCCGGUGCCACCGCUUUCAUGUCCCGAAGCACCCAUGGCCCCCGCAUACGCCAUUGACCUUACUCACGGCCCAUCGCACAGACCGUCAUCCUUUGGACCAUCGCAUCAUUCCCCGCCACUACAUCCAUCAGUUUCUCGAGGACCGGCUAUCCCAUCAAUGGUCUCGACACGCACCCUGCCUACUAACGCCAGUCAUCGCUUGCCAAAAUCCAGACUCCAAAAUACAGUCCAUCAGCGACGAGUGAAUCAACGCAAAGCGUCUAGCUUUCCAGGCACCUCGACGUACAAAACUAGCAGAGCAGCAUCUACCGAGAGUUCAACCAGCCGUAUCUACUCGGCAGAGAACAACAACUCGAUAUCCGGCACAUUUCGCAAUUUUGGCCUUGAAGAUAGUCAGAUCUUACUCAACGGUGUUGCGCCAAGUGGGAGCUCUAAAACGAAAGCCAGACGUGAACAAGAGGCAAGGGAAAAACGAAGAAAAUUAUCCGAAGCGGCGUUGAUGGCCGUUCGACAGGCGGGUGGUGAUGUCGAGGCGCUAGAAGCGGCCCAGAAUUCUCAAGCCCCAGAGUCGACAAUCUACACAGCUACAAGGACUGUUUGCGAACACGUGGAGUUGAAAUAUUUCGCCGGCAACGUCAAGGGAUGGGGUAUCAAGAUGAUGGUCUGCGCCGGAGCGCCGUACUCCAUUAACUAA